AUGGAAACCGAAAGAGAAUGGCACUUUGUCAAAAACUUAACCAAAAAGCAAACAAAGACACGCCAAGGGAAGUAUUGGUUCAUUGGCUUGAAAAGAUUUGAUGGAUCCCGUGCGUGGAGCUGGUUGAAUAAAACCAUAGCCUGGGUCAAUGGGACGUCAGCUGGAACAUGGCGUUGGAAUAAAGGAGAACCAAACAAUUUAGAAAAAGAAAAAUGCGGAGAGAUGUGGUCAAACGGAAAGUAUAACAACAUUCCGUGCGAAGCGGCAAGUUAUUAUAAAAAUCCAGGAUAUAUAUGUGAAAAGCAGUUCUAUUGUUCAACGAUAUCUAACAAUUCAGAAAAUGAUGAUAUUUUCAUUGAGAGCACAACAAGACCUUUAUCAACCCCCCAACCGUUGGCGACAAAGACAACAUCCAAUUCACUCAGAACUCAAUUGUCGAAGACUCAGAAUAAGCUGCUUACAGAAGGGACUACGUUUGAGAAUACCGUUAGAGAAUCUUCUCCGCAAAAUGGUUCAACGCGCGGGCCAAACCUGAUGUUGAUCGUCAUAGUGCUUCUGGCCAUUUUUAUCCUGGCAAUUGCAGUCGUAUUCGGAAUAUCAUUUUUUCGGCGACACCAAGAUCAGCUUCACGAUCGGUUCAAUUGCACUUACGAGGUGCCCCAGAGUUCCGAACUGCAAUCGAUCGAUCCUGUGCUUGGCCAACAAACACAGAGAUCCGCUGAGGUUACUGUUCACCUAACCCUUUCACAAACGGAAUCUGGGCCGGCCACCUAUGAGGCAGCGAGCGAUUGCAAAAGAGAGUGCGAGCACGAUCAUAUAGAUGAGACUAAUCGAAAGUCAAGGUCACUGACCGAGGGAUAUUCAGAUUUUCAGGAGAAAAAGGUGGGCAAUGAGAAAGGAAUUCAGCAGCCACCUUCUUUGUGCGAUAUAAAAGAAGAAGAAAAGGAUUAUGUAUACGCUGUUGUUCAUAAAGAAAGAAAACGCGGAGCUAGGCUCGACAACAACACAGAGGCUGCAGAGAGCGAGACACCUCAGGCUGGCGGGAACAGUGAAUAUUUGUACGCAGCUGUUGACAAGACAAAAAAGGAGAAACCGCCACAGAAGCCCCCUCCAUACCGUGGUCAUGUGUACGCUGAUCUGGUCCAUUCCCGAGAAAUUAGCGCAAUGUUUGUCAAAGAACAUUCCCAAACAGUGUACGUGCAAUUCGACCAUGCCUAG